CCCAAAGAUGAGCGGCCUAACUCGUGUGGAGGUCACUUUUGUCAUGUUUGUUGCUACGCUGGUUAUACCGUCGGUGCUUGGAAUGCCGGUUGGAUGGCGCGAUGCGCACAUCACCUAUUACGGGUCACCUAACGGUGGAGGAACACAGGGUGGCGCUUGCGCGUAUCAGAACACAUUCUCGCUGGGCUACGGUGCCAUGACUGCGGCGUUGAGCUCGCCUUUGUUUGAGGGUGGAGCGGCUUGUGGGGCUUGCUACCAGCUUCAGUGCAAACGAGUGCAAGAAACCCGUACUGUGAAGAACUGGUGCUGGAGUUAUUCUCGAACCAUCACCAUCACUGCCACUAACCUCUGUCCACCAGGCUCUGCCGGGGCGUGGUGCGACCCUCCAAGGCACCAUUUCGACUUGACAAUGCCUGCCUUCCUAACCCUGGCGAGACGUGAAGGUGGUGUGGCUCCAGUGCUAUACAGAAGGGUUAAAUGUGUCAAACGCGGUGGAAUUCGGUUCACCAUAGGAGGCAAUCCUUGGUUUCUGAUGAUCCUCAUCCACAACGUCGCUGGCGCAGGCGAUGUAAGGGCCGUUAGAAUCAAGACCCCGUCCACUGACUGGAUUCCCAUGUACCGCAACUGGGGUGCGUUGUGGACAGUACAAAGGAAACUCAGCGGGCCCCUCUCAUUUCAGAUCACUGCCGGCGACCGCCGUCAAAUCACCAUCAACAGUGCAGUAGGCAAUGCAUGGAAGUUUGGACAAACCUGGGAGGGCCACAACUUCCGCUGAUAUCAACCUGAUGCUAGGAAUUUCUCAUGGGCUUGUGACAGUGCUUACAGGAGCGGUCCACCCAGACGAUCGAAAAUCGUCCCGUUUAGUGAAACUUGAUUUCGUAUCAGUUCCACGCUGACGCUGGGAUUAUACUGCCUUUGAAAUACGGUAGUUUGUGUGAAGUAGGUACAUUUUAGUUGAAGAUGGAUGAGCAGUGCUGAUCAAAUGUCUGCCGCCAUUCACUGGAUACGAACUUGUUCUGCUCAUUGCUCAUGUGAUGCGGUUGUCGUAUGUUUAGAAGCAGUAAAGCAGUCGUAAAUAAAGUCAUGGAUACUAUCA